UCUUACCGCUCCCUCGCGCUCCCGGCGCGGCGGGCCAUGGCUCCGGCCCUGGCGGCCACCCGGGACCGGGACCGUGCGGGCCGCGAGGAUGAGGACUGCUGGGAGGCGCGGGGGGACCGCAAGGCCCGGAAGCCGCUGGUGGAGAAAAAGCGGCGCGCGCGGAUCAACGAGAGUCUGCAGGAGCUGCGGCUGCUGCUGGCGGGCUCCGAGGUGCAGGCCAAGCUGGAGAACGCUGAAGUGCUGGAGCUGACUGUGCGGCGAGUGCAGGGAGCGCUGCGGGGCCGCGCGCGCGAGAGGGAGCAGCUGGAGGCGGAAGCUAGCGAACGCUUUGCUGCUGGCUACAUCCAGUGCAUGCACGAGGUACAUACGUUCGUGUCCACGUGCCAGGCCAUCGAUGCCACAGUCUCAGCUGAGCUCCUGAAUCACCUGCUGGAGUCCAUGCCACUGCGAGAGGGUAGCAGUUUCCGAGACCUGCUGGGAGACUCCCUUGCUGGGCUGCCUGGAGGCCCUGGGCGGGGUGGCUGGCCCGUGGGAGGGUCCCCGGGGUCCCCACUCCCCAGCCCUUCAGGUCCUGGGGAGGACCUGUGCUCUGACCUGGAGGAGGUCCCAGAAGCCGAACUAAGUCGGGUGCCUGCUGAGGGGCCGGACUUGGUGCCCACGGCCCUGGGCAGCCUGACUGCAGCUCGAAUAGCCCAGAGUGUCUGGCGGCCUUGGUGACCAACACUAGCCAGGACCCUGUGGGGAUUGGGCUAGGCCUUCCCAGGCUCUGGGUAUCAGAUGAGGUGGAGAAGGCCCAGGAUGUCCCCCAGGUCUACCCUCUCCUUCCCUCCAAUGGAUGGCUUGUAGGACAGUCCUUGGUGGACAGUCUAAACAGACUCCAAGCCCUGUUUCUUGAGGGAGUCAAUUUCAUGGACCCUCCAGGUUGGGGGGAGGGAAAGAGUUCCAGAAAAGGGGAAGACUCCUGUAGAACUACCAGUGCUCCCCCACAUUAAUCUGUCCCUUGCCCAGACCUAGGAGCAGAGGUGUCAGGGUAUACCAAGCUUCUCCUGGGGCUGAGCACUGGUAUUUGGGCAGGAACAUUCCAGUGGCGGCUGUCGAGAUCUGAACAGAAGCUCAUAUUUGCCACUUUAACCAGAAGACCAGGGGAGGCAGGUACAUUACAGUGUUUAGGUGGAGCUGCUCGCUGUACAUUUUUUUUUUUUUUUGGUAGCACAUGAGUUUGUGUGUUUGGUUGUCAUCAAAUGCUGCAAUUGAAUUAAAUAAAGAACUUCAGAGUUAGUUA